CAAGCACCAUUUUGCACCCAGGUGACAGGCACAGAAAACGUAACUUUUGCAGUAAAAUUUCGAAACACUUUUCGUGUUUGUCCUUCGGCUGCCUUUUUACAAUUUCCUUGUGUGUUAUCCUCUCUCACACAACGGUUAGAUUUGCAAACGAACGUAGCACUCAUUGGUUUAGCUUUCUAGCGAGCGAUUUCACAAGGUCGUACUGGACGUGUUUUUGUGCUCGAGCAAGGAAAAAAAACUGCGUAGACAAAAGGCUGGUGCUUCUUCGUCGUGAUUAGUGAACAAACCUGCCCACCUUGCAAAGAACAAGUGUUGUGGAGAAAUCCCCCGUAGACCCGUGAAAGGCUACCCGGUUGCAGUAACACCGCCAAGGUGCACAUUGCACGUUUCGGUAUCCAAUUGCUGGCCGACCACCUGCAGCAGACCGUCGAACGCAUCGGGUCACCGAGGGGGCAGGCUUUGCAUUCCGUGUCAGAACGAUGCUGGCACCGCUGCGAGAAGUUGUAGGUUCGUGCUUUAGCAACCGAGCAUCAACCGAACGACGCCAUCCAGUGGCGCAGUAAGCGUUGGUGUAAGUUUUUCUUCCGCCCGUCCGCGAGUGUAGUUCCGCCAGGUCCGGAGGCUGGAAUCUGGACGGAAGCCAUCUUCCCGCUCGCGGAACAGUUGUUUUGCGGUUGUGAAGUCAAACAGCAGUGCCAGAAAACAGCAGCCAUGGAAGGUGAUAUUUGUCGGGUGUGCCGUUGUGAGGCCCAAUCCGAUCGGCCGCUGUUCCAUCCAUGCAUCUGCACCGGUAGCAUCAAGUGGAUACAUCAGGACUGUCUGAUGCAGUGGAUGCGUUACUCGCGCAAAGAGUACUGUGAGCUGUGCGGGCACCGAUUUUCCUUCACGCCUAUCUAUUCACCCGAUAUGCCACGCGUUCUACCACUGAAGUACGUUGCCAAGGGGUUGCUCAGUUCGGUUGGAACGGCCGUUAAGUAUUGGAUACACUAUACGCUUGUCGCACUCGCCUGGCUGGGAAUCGUGCCGCUGACCGCGUACCGAACGUAUCGGUUCCUGUUUUCCGGCUCGAUCGAAAUGGUCCUCACGCUACCGAUUGAUAUGUUCUCCACGGAGAACAUUACCAUCGACGUGUUUAGGGGCUGCUUCGUGGUCACCUGCACACUAUUCACCUUCAUCGGGCUUGUAUGGUUGCGGGAGCAAAUUAUUCACGGCGGUGGUCCGGAUUGGCUCGAGCAGGACGAUCCACAGGUACCGGAGGCGGCCGCAAACGGGAACGGUCCAGCCAAUGUGCGUCAGCCGGAGGCUGAAGUGCCCGACGAUGAUGCUGCUAACAAUAAUAAUAACAACAACAACAAUGAUGAUAACAACAACGAGGAAGAGCAUAACAACAACAACAAUAACAACUUUCUCGAUAAUAAUCUGCUCAACAAUCGCAAUGCAGCCGAUGAACCGUUGCUGCACGGACAGCAGCAAGAUCCCGUCGUACCAAACGUUAUACAGCCGGAUGCGGAAGCGCUACGUCGUCCGGUGCAUCGGGCAAACUUUGGCGAACCACCUGCCGACAAUGUGCCAAUAGAUCCGGCGGAACCACCACCGGUAGCAGAUGAGCCACCGGAGGCGGUCAUAAACGAACCCGAGGCGGAAGCAGCUGGCGAUGAAGCGAACUGGAACCCGAUGGAAUGGGAACGGGCAGCAGAAGAGCUAACCUGGGAGCGUUUGCUCGGUCUGGACGGUUCCAUGGUGUUUCUCGAGCACGUAUUUUGGGUCGUUUCCCUGAACACGGCAUUCAUUGUGCUGUUUGCCUUCUGUCCCUACUCGAUCGGAAACUUUCUGAUUUCGUUCCUUGGCAUCAACGCGCCGGGCAAACAGUUGACGUACUUUCAUGGGCUACUCACCACCAUGCUGGGAUAUUGCGUGAUCGGCAUUACGCUGGUGAAGUUGCAUGCGAUCGCGCGGUUUCUGCGCUGGAGACGUCAACGGCGCAUCCUAGGCCUGUGCUACAUCGUGGUGAAGGUGUCACUGCUGUCCGUCGUGGAAAUCGGUGUGCUGCCGCUUGUUUGUGGCUGGUGGCUAGACAUCUGCUCCCUACCGAUGUUUGACGCCACGCUCAAGGAUCGUAAGGCGAGCUUUAAGGUUGCGCCGGGCACAUCCCUGUUCAUCCACUGGAUGUUUGGCAUGGUGUAUGUGUACUAUUUUGCGUCCUUUAUCGUACUGCUGCGGGAAGUACUGCGGCCCGGUGUGCUUUGGUUUUUGCGCAAUCUAAAUGAUCCCGAUUUUAGCCCCAUUCAGGAAAUGAUUCACCUGUCGAUUUUACGUCACACGCGCCGUUUAAUAUCAUCGGCCACGAUCUUUGGUUCGGCCGUACUACUGAUGCUUUGGGCACCCAUACAAAUCCUUAAAACGUUCUGGCCCACAUUCCUGCCCUACACACUGUCAGGUGAUUCGGAAGUGAACGAGCUUAGUCUACAGUUGCUGCUGCUACAGUUUGUUCUGCCCAGCUUCUUCGAACAAUCGCACACCCGAAUCUGGUUGAAAGGUUUGGUACGCAUCUGGUGCAAUGUGGUGGCCCGUAUGCUUGGCAUCAAGAGCUAUCUGCUCGGGGCGGAUCCACGCCCGAACGAGGACGAUGCGGCCCCACCCAGGCAGCAACCAGAUGUUGGUGCCGGAUUGGCUGCUGCCCAUCAGGCCAUCAUGCAGCGCGAUGUACCGGUCGGAUUUCAGCCCUACGAACGGCCGCAGUUCUUCGGCGUACGUUUGAUAGGGCUGCUGGUGCUGAUGUGCAUUAGCUUGGCGAUCGGAUCGCUGGCCGUACUGACGAUUCCGGUGUGGAUCGGACGCUACGGGAUGGCACUUGGAUCGAUAGGAUCGUCCAACAUUGCACCACCCCCGAGUGCGGUCAGCAGCACGGGCACGGAAACGCCAGCCCGCCCACACGAACUGUACACCGCCGCGAUCGGGAUGUAUCUUUGCUGGUUGAUCUCGCGUGGCAUCGCGCUGGCAGUGAAUCUGUUGCCGCAGGGAAGAGCCGCCGUCAUCGCGCGCAUCAAACAUUGGAUGUCGAUUGCAACCUCGUACGCGAUGGCGAUGAUCGUGUUCGUGCACAUGCUCGGUGUGAUUCCGCUGAUGUUCGGACUGCUGCUAGAGCUGGUCGUGGUGAUACCUUUGCGCGUGCCACCAGACCAAACGCCGGUUCUGUUCCUGUGGCAGGAUUGGGCACUAGGUGUACUCUACACAAAGAUUGCUUGCGCCCUCACGCUGAUGGGUCCGGACUGGGCCCUGAAGCGUGCGAUCGAACAAGCCUACCGGGACGGGCUGCGCGAUAUAAACCUGAACUUUAUCGUGCGCGAACUGGGCAUACCGGUGAUUACGUGCUUCGGGCUAGCGCUGGCCGUCCCGUACGUGAUCGCCCAUUCGAUCCUUCCGCUGUUCUUUACGAAUCCGCUCACGCGUACGUUCUUCGCGCGGCAGAUCUACCCCUUCUUCCUGCUGAUCGCGUUCGUGAUCGGAAUCCUUGUGCUGCAGGUGCGCCAGUUCAAGAAGCUCUACGUGGCGAUCAAGAACGACAAGUAUCUUGUCGGUCAGCGGUUAGUGAACUAUGACCAUCAGCGCAAAAAGCGACGUCCAUCGGUGGUCGCAGGCGAGGAAGAUCCUUCGGGCACGACAGCAACGGCGACAGCAGCCGCUGGCGAUGAUGGUGGCACUGAUGGCAACGGCACGGCAACAUCGUCCACAUUGACGGAACCGAGCAAUGAUGGAUCGGCCGCCACAUCGACGGUAAACGAUGAUCCUGGAAGCAACAGCGAACGAAUUCGCGUAGCAAUGGAUGCUCUGCAGUAGACGAAAGCGAACAAUCAUCAUUGUGUGUGUGCGUGUGGACGUGUUAUGAUAUUUUUAAACUAUAUUAGUCCAACCACCAACCAUCCUCUCCUCCCUUCGAUCCUUGGCGUACGCGCCAUUAGCAUGUGUUAGUUAAGGUUCAAUUAUGCUUCCGGUGGAAUUAUUCGAAUAUCGUCGCUAUAGCUUUGUUUACUUUUGCGCCGUACACCUUACCAGCUCGGGUUCCCUUUAUUCGUGUUUAAAUUUCCAAUUUUUUCUGACCUUGUGUUGGCGCACGUACAAAAAAACCCAGACCCAUACGCAAAUGUAAAAUUCCAAUCCCAGCCAUCCGGUGCUGUUGUGGUGUUAAUUUUGUUGAUAGAAAUAGACACUUUCCUUAUUUA